UCCACUAAUCACAAUGCCAACCUUAACCCAUUUCUUUAACCUUAAUGACAGAUCCCGAGCCUUAUGGCUCUCCUCCCUCUCCGCCGCCUACCGCACCGCCACGGCUUGUGUCAUUGUAGCCGUGGCCACCCUCUUUGGCCCCACCUCCCUUCGUCAACAAGUCGCCUUUCCAGCCUUUUCUUACGUCACAGUUAUUCUGAUAAUAACUGGUGCUUCUUUAGGUGACACGCUACGCGGCUGCUGGGCCGCGCUGUGUGCCACCUUGCUAACAGUUAUUCCAGCUGUUUUAGGGUUGUCAACUAUAGGGCCGUCACGGCUCACCACGCCCGUAACGGCUGUGUUGGUUGGCAUGGCGGCAUUUGUUGUGAUGUUGCCGGAUCAUAGGACGACAUUAGUGUCGAAAAGAAUAGCGUUAGGACAAAUUGUGAUAAUAUAUGUGGUGGCGUAUGAUAAGGGUGGUGAGACUGAUCCGGUCAUGCAUCCUGUACACGUGGCAGCUAGCACCGCCAUUGGAGUUUUGGCUUGUGUUCUUGCUUUGUUGCUUCCAUAUCCUGGUUUGGCUACGUGUCAGGUGAAGAAGAAGUGCAAGAUUUAUGCAGAUAAUGCUUCUCAAAGAGUAAACUUGUGUGUGAAGGCAUUUUGUGCAAAAGAUAAUACAAGUGCACAAGCAUUUGUCUCACAAACAAAGCCCCUAACCAUUAGUGGAACUAAACUCCUAAAUGCCAUCAAGUCCAAGAAAGAAAGCAUAAACUGGGAGACACUUCCAAUAGAUUUCUUGAAACCAUAUUGCUUGCUGAAGACAACAGAGAAGUUGCAAGAUAUAGAAAUGCCCAUACAAGGGUUGCAAAUUGCAUUAAAUGAUUUUCAUUCAUUUCCACCAAAAAUCCUAGACAAAAAUCUAAAAGAUAACUUGGAUAAGUUAAUAGAAACCAUAAACCAAUCCUUUGAACAAUUGAAGUCUUGCAUUCCUUCUGAUUCAGCUACUUUCCCUGAAUCCAAUCUUGAAAAUCUAAUGCUUUCUCUCCGUUCUUUCCCUCAAAAUCACAAGGAUUUGUCUUCCUUUUUCUUCUUAUUUUGUUCCAAAUUACUUCAUAGAAAGAUGAUCACAGAAAACACAUCACCGAAUAGUCCUUUGUCAUCUAACAAUGAAGGCAAUAAAAAGAAACCGCAAUUGACCCUUUUUGAACAGAUUAGUACCUAUUUGAUGCAUAGAAGGUUCAUGUUGGCAUUAAAAUGUUCAUUAUCAGUAGGUUUUGCUGUUCUGUUUGGAUUGAUAUAUAGUAAGCAAAAUGGGAUAUGGUCCGGUUUGCCCGUAGCAAUAAGUUUUGCUGUUUCUAGUGAAGCUGCAUUUAGAGUUUCAAAUCUUAAAGCACAAGGAACUGUGUUAGGAACUGUGUAUGGUGUAUUGGGAUGUUUUGUUCUUGAGAAAUAUGUCAAAAUGAGGUUCUUGAUUCUCCUUCCAUGGUUUAUAUUUUGUAGCCUUCUUAGACGAAGCCGUAUGUAUGGUCCAGCUGGCGGGGUUUCAGCCGUGAUUGGGGCUGUGUUAGUUCUUGGUAGGGAGAAUUUUGGGUCACCAACGGAAUUCGCUAUUAUAAGAAUUGUGGAAGCAUUCAUUGGGUUAUCAUGUUCUAUCGUUGUUGAACUCAUGUUUCAACCCACGAGAGCUUCGACUCUGGCCAAGAUUCAACUUGCUAAGAACCUCCAAGUCUUACAUGAAUGCGUUUGCACGAUGAGUCUUGGCGGUCAAAAAGAUCGCGGAGAUGGUCUAAUGAAGCUUAAAGGUAAUGUGAUUGAGUUAAGAAAGUUCAUUGAGGAGGCUGAAAUGGAACCCAACUUUUGGUUUUUGCCUUUUCAUGGUGUUUGUUACAAUAAGCUCUUGAAGACUUUGUCAAACAUGGAAAGUCUUUUUGUCUUUAUGAACCAUGCAAAUGAAUCUUUACAACAACAAAAGUUGAGUCUUAAUAAACUUGAAAGUGAGGUUGAACUUUUUAAAGAAAUUGUUCGACCUUCAAUCAAGUGUUUUGAGAGGGUUGUUUUGGUCAAAUCACUAAACAAACUUGAGAAGGAACUUCAAAAGAGUAAUGUCUUUGACACCAAAUCUAGUGAUCUUGAGUUGGGUAAGUUACCAAUUAGCCCUCAUAAGCUAAAUGUGCAUGGACCAAAUGGUGAAGAUGAGAUGGAGAAUAUAGUAAAUUCAUUUCUACAAAGAUCAAAAGAAAUUAUAUAUGGUGAAGAGUGUGAGGAGGUGAAGAGUCAUGAGAUGGUAUUGAGUUUAAGUGCAUUUGCAUUUUGUUUGAGAGGUUUGGUAAAGGAAACUAGAGAGAUUGAGAAGGGGCUUAUAGAACUCUUGCAAUGGGAGAAUCCUUCAAGUCAUGUAAAUUUGUAUGAAAUUUCUAGCAAGAUAGAUGCUCUAUGCAUUACUUGA